AUCUCUCUACAUCCCAACCACUGUGUAGUUAGAACUACUGAACAUGGAGCUGGACAAGCAAAAGCUUCUUAGCUUGCAAGCAGGAAUGAGUUCACAUUAAAGAGAGAAGCCAAGAACUUAAUAAGUACUCAAAGGUCGGACGAGGCUAAGAAGAAGCGGCGAUGAGUAGUAGUAGUAGUAUGGGCUUAGGGAGUGGAAUGAUGAAGACCGUUGCAUCCAAAGCUCUCGUCAUCAAGAUCAAUCUCGCCUUUCUCAGCCUCUUCUUUCUUUCCUACAUCCUCCUCCUCCUCCUACAGCCCUCGUCGGUCUACGAACAGAACGCCGCCGCCGAGAUCGUCCGCUGUUCCUUGCGCGAUUGCCACGUGAAGAAGGUGGAAGGAGUGCUGGUUCAGAGGAAGGCUGCGAGGGAGAACCGAACGGCCAUGGAGACGGUUCCCGGCUUCCUCAGAACGCUGCACGGCAACGUGAAGCUUGGUUUGGUGAACAUUGUGGAGGACGAGGCGGUCGAGUGGGGACUGGUCGGUGGGAGGACGACGACGGUCGACUUCGAGCGGGUGUCCGAGAACUUGAAGUGGGAGGACCUGUUCCCCGAGUGGAUCGACGAGGAGGAGGAGAACGAGGGCCCGUCGUGCCCCGAGCUCCCCAUGCCCGAUUUUUCCUUGUACGGCAAUGUGGACGUGGUGGUGGCCAAGCUUCCGUGCCGGCGGUCGGGGACCGCCGGGUGGUCUCGCGACGUGUCCAGGUUGCAGGUCCACCUGGUGGCGGCGACCACGGCGGCGCGUAGGGGGAGGAGGGACGCGCGGGGUGCGGUGAAGGUGGUGUUCCUGAGCGCGUGCCGGCCGAUGAUGGAGCUGUUCCCGUGCGACGAGAUGGUGGUGAGGGAAGGCAAGUGGUGGCUGUACGAGCCGGAGGCGCGGCGGCUGGAGCAGAAGGUGGCGCUGCCGGUCGGCUCUUGCAAUCUGGCCUUGCCACUGUGGGGAAAAGGAAUUGACGUGGUCUACGAUGCAUCGAAGCUCGCCGGCGGUCCGGUGAGCCCUCACCGCCGGGAGGCAUACGCCACCGUCCUCCACUCCUCCGAUACGUACGUGUGCGGCGCCAUCAUCCUCGCCCACAGCAUCGUCCGAACCGGCUCCACCCGCGACCUUCUGCUGCUCCACGACAAGUCCAUCCCCCACGACAAGCUCCGGGCGCUCGCCGCAGCCGGGUGGACGCUCCGCGAGAUCGACCGCAUCCGUAACCCCCACGCCCAGAAGGACUCCUACAACGAGUAUAACUACAGCAAGCUCCGCCUGUGGCAGCUCACCGAUUACCACAGGGUCGUCUUCAUCGACGCCGACAUCCUCGUCCUCCGCAACCUCGACCUGCUCUUCCGCUUCCCUCAGAUCUCCGCCACCGGCAACGACGGCGUCAUCUUCAACUCCGGCAUCAUGGUCAUCGAGCCAUCGCACUGCACCUUCAAGGCACUGAUGGCAAGCCGCGAGGACGUGAUCUCGUACAACGGCGGCGACCAGGGGUUCCUCAACGAGGCGUUCGUGUGGUGGCACCGCCUGCCGCGGCGGGUGAACUUCCUGAAGAACUUCUGGUCAAACACGACGGCGGAGGCGAGCAUGAAGAACCGCCUCUUGGCCGCGGACCCACCGGAGCUGUACGCCAUACACUACCUCGGCUUAAAGCCGUGGAUGUGUUACAGGGACUACGACUGCAACUGGAACGUCGGAGACCAGCGCGUUUACGCCAGCGACGCAGCGCACGGGACGUGGUGGAAGCUGCACGAUCAGAUGGAGGCGGGGCUGCAGCGAUUCUGUAGCCUUUCGGGUACGAGGAGGGAGCAGCUGGAGCAGGAGAGGCGGCAGGCGGCGGAGCUGGGGUUCGGGGACGGCCAUUGGAGGCUGAAGGUAUCAGGGAAUGGCAGGACCGUGACGACGGAGUGAGGAGUCGUUCGCAGGCUUAGUAAGCAAUGCUGGUAUUCUUUUGAUAGAUCAUAUCUAUCUACGUCUCCGAUGGUUGGAUUUUGAUAGGGUUCAUACGGUUUGUGCCUGUAGAGAAUAAUGGUGAGAGGAGGAAACCAAAGAUCCUAUUGUUCCGAUCCAUCAGAGAUCUCAAUAAUGUGUGGAAUGCAGUGAAAGAUUUCUUUUAUGCUUUGAGCACC